GCCAUUUUAGAUUCAGAGGGUCAUCGCAGAUUUGUCUUCUUCUUUCGUUGGAGGGUUUUGACCUUUCUAUGUGUGAGAAACUGGAUGAGAGCAACUCAAGAAACAAAGUUUUGGAACUAACAUCCAGUCGUUCUCGUUAGUAAUUCCUUCGAUUCGUCACAAUGAGGGCACUGCACACAGCACAGCCAAAGAAAAGAAGCAGAUACGGUCAAGAAAAAGUUUCUCAGCUUGAGAACUGGAAUGCUAUUCGUGAUGGAAUGUUCACUAGUUUCCAAGAGUCGCUUGUUCCUGGUAUGAACUGUGGAGCGUGCAGUGUUCGAUUGUUAUCCGUGUAUCGAUAAGAUGACUGUUAUGUUGGCUUCUUUCUUUGCGCAGCUGUGUUGAAGAAGUGCAUAAACACACAUUGUUUCACCAACCAUACAAAUGGCAGGCUCGAACUUGGAAUUCAUUUGUACCCAGGGGCAGUUGUGAAAAAGUUGUCCGGAGACAUAACCAUUCCUGCUCUACAUCAUUUAUAUGGCCUGUUGUUGAUCAUAAAGGAAGAUGAUUAUCCAGUGAUAAUUUCAAUGGAUGGUAACUUUGGGCUUGUGCGGAAAAAGUCGUCUGGUGUCAGUUUUUCCGAGCCGAAGCAUGCGGGUCACUUCUUUUCUAAUCAGAGUGAGGUUGAUGAGUUUGUUCAAAAACAUAACGGAAGCAUGAAGAAAGCUGGCGACGCUUGCAGCAAUUUCAAGGGUGGAAAUACUUUGAGGACAAAUAGUCGAUACGAAAAAUUGGAUGAGACAGCAGUUUUUGGUUCGGCAUGUCGUCAUGUUCUGGUAGUCUUUUAGAUAGGUUGUAGCUGGCAAUUCCAAUAUUUCACUGCUAUGGUCACAAGUUACCUUGUAAGGUUAAGUACAGUCCUCGGCGAGUUGUUGGUGUUGGGUUAACAGACGGUGAGACACUGGAAUGUCUGGUCCUUUUUGCGGAGUUUCUCAAAGAUAACGAAAGAAAUGACCCCCAGUCACAGGAUAGAUGUUCUUACUGAUGCUAUGAUCUAUUACACAAACAAGAAGUUCGCAAAGAUCGGUCCGUAUCUGGCGUCAAAGCUGACGAAAGCCGAGGAUGUAAUGUCAACAACAAAACAGGAAUUGAAGGCUCUCCUUGAAGUGUCAGAAAGUCAGGUAGAACUCUGGCUUGCAGAGUCACAGAAUCCUGCUAGUUGUCAGCGACUGAGACGAGAUCUGUCCAGCAAGGCCAGUAUCUUACAUUCUGUCAACAAACACAGUGUUGAGAGGGCUGCAUCUCGAAAUGGUAAAGAAAUAAUUAUGCCGAUGGCCAGGCUAUUGCAAUUAAACUGCAGAAAAACAUCAACAGAACCAAUCGGCAUAUUAAGAAGAUGUUGGAAAUCUUCAACACAAAGGACAUGGAUGAGAGUUUACCAGAGUCACUUGUUUACGAAGAUGCGUUGAAGGGACAUUACUUAGGCAGGAAGAAGCACCAAUUGUAGGUCCUAAUGAUAGUGUGCCAUUCUACCUUAAAGAACAAGCUGUUGACUUGUUUUGCCACCACUCCCGAGUUUUUGAGGAAUGGUGCUUGUUGUUGGAGAAGAUGGUCAAUGUUGACCGCGUCUUUCGGAAGCAACACCAAGUUUUGUUGGCCUGUGCAACAUCGGAUUAUCUCUCACAGGGCCAGAUGGCAAUGGUAGUUGCUGAGGCAAUUUCUAAAGAAGAACUUCACAAUGAAUUAUAUGAGGCAUGCAAGGGCAAUGUGGAAUUGCCAUUUCCUGAGCAGACAUUUAUUGCAUCUGUCAUUAACAAUCAUCAAAGCAUCACCACUAGUGAACUUGGCCUUCCUGAGGAAGAGGUCAGUGACUUCCUUGAAAGGGAUCAGUGUUUGGAGGAAGAGCAGGAGCAGCAUGGUGAUGAUGGGGACGGAUCAUGAGAUUAUAAGACGGAUUAAGUGCAGUUCAGGAGAGUGAUUACUUGGAUCUGAUUGAUUUGUAGCUACAAUUUUUGAGGUCUUCAUGUUUAAGGUAAAAAAAAAUGUAUAUAAGGGUCGGUCCCUCCCUUCUCCUGGGACAGAAAAGAAAAAGAGGUUACGAAAGAACAAACAGAUGAGAAAAAAGGCUCAAUUAGUUGAAGAUCAAGUUGCUAGCUGUUCUUUUCAAGAUGGCAGCCUUCUGGACAAUGAAAGUACUCGGAAACCUACUGCACCUGUUACUGAUUCUUCUCAUCAGGAUGACCGCAGACAAGAAACUGAAACGCAGGAACAGUUAAAUGGAGCUGUAGUGUCAACAAGUUCACCAAAUAAGAGUCAUUGUGCUGCUAGCGCAUAUACACAAGCAUGGAUAUCAAAAUUUGCCUCACACGAUGCGCCUACUGGUAGUUCAACUCGUACAAAAGAAGCCAUAACUGUUCAAAGAAGGAAGUUAUGUCGGCAAAGUUCCACAGAGAGAAGGUCACCAGAAAAAUGUCCGUCACAAGAAAGUUCCAAAUUAAGACAACUGAGAAGUGACUACGAAAAGCUUGAAGACAAGUGUGAAUGGCUAAAAGAUGAACUUGUGAAGACAGACAGGCGCUAUAAAUACUUAUAUGAACAGUACAACAACGUGCAAUUCAUGGCCUCAGUGCGGAAUGAACGACACAAAAUUUGUACCCACUUUCGAAUGGCGGAGCAAGUGUCGUCAUAUGCUGUCAAGCAGGUUGAAGAGAGUGUUUUUAGCAACGUAUUUUUCAAUCCAGACUGUGACAUAGACAACGUCAUUGUUCCUAUCAUCAAUGUAAAGCUGAUGAAAGUAUUAAAAGUUGGAGACACUUGCCAAAUAUACAAAGCCGCCUGCCACACUGUCAAUAGGUUCGCUGCUAAGCAAUACAGUGAUGAGAACUAUGCAUCCGUUGUCAACCGAGAGUUUCGGGUGCUGUCCUGUAUCAAUGCCACAUUUACCCCAUUCCCAAUUGGAGUAUAUUAUAAGGAUAACAAACCGGCAUUGGUGAUUUCAUUCCACCACCCUACGGGGACUGUAUAUAGCUUAAAGGACUGUUUUUUGGAUUUUCCUUCCCAUUUAAGUGGGAGGGGAUGGGUGAAAGCAACGGUCACAUUUGGCUUUCACCUCAGUCACCUCUUCAUAAGACGGUUUUUGCAUAACAACUUGAAGGCUGAUAAUGUUGUGCUGGAUGCAAAUGAGAAGGGCAUAGAUGUCAUUCUGUGCAGUUGGAAAAAUUCUUGUAGAAUCGAAUCUGCCCGAAUUCUCACAGAGAAGCAAACAAAAAAGCUUGUUGUCCCAGAGGUUUUGCGCAGAGAGAAGCCAUUUUCAAUUGCAAGUAACAUUUAUGCAUUCGGUUGUCUUGGAAUCUUGGUUGUGAAAUAUUGUAGGGCAUAUGAAAUCACGGAUUACAAUUUACCAGCUCUGGAAAGAUUCUGUCUGAAAUGUGUGAGUCCAAGAUCUGCAGCAAGGCCAGAUGUUGAGCUGUUUGACGAAUACCUCGAAUCAUUUGACAUAUAAUAAUGUGUGACUCUAACUGAAAAGACAGUACAUGUAUCCCUCUGACAUUGGCGGAUGGUAUUUUGGAGAACUUUGUUUUCCACCUGGAGGAUCUUGACUGAGAAUACUUGGCCUGUAAGGUCACAUACAAUUUACAAACUGUAUGACGAGUUUGGGUCUUAACCCUUUAGCUCCUGCGAGUCUACAAAUUUUUUUCCAGCAUCUCCCUGAAGAUUUCCAGGUAUUCCUAUAGUGUAUAGACUUUUGGCAAAAGAGAUACAAAAAGUUGAGAAUGAAGUACUACAAGUUAUUUUGAAGCUAACAAUCAUACCUACAAUAUGAUAUCAUAAAUUUUUCAUUUUAACCCCCUGGUAUCGACAGGAUUAACCCUCUCAGCAAUUUAGUGAAAAUUCAUAAAAAGGCCCUGUAGUAAACAACAGAAUCAUAAGAAGUUCCUACCUAAUCAACAAAAUCCAUAAAGAAACCCAAAUGUACGAUAAUCCAACCUAAUAUCGAUCGAAAAACACAACCCGGCAGUCUCCUGUACAUGAAUACAUGAAUGGGUUGAUAUGAAGUUAUGGUUUGCACAUGUCACAUUUGUUGGUCAAGUUGGACCAUGAGAAUUGCGAAAUUAAAACACCUACAAAAAUUUCCAGGGUGUGGUUUUAUUGCUGAAUUGACAUGUAGACGAUAGAUAUUUUUUUACCGGUGAAUACUAGUUGUAUGUUGUUAUUAUCAAUAUGUCAGGCCUUCCUAGUUGGUCACAAGUUGUCAUAGUGACUUGUCUAGUUCGAAGUGUUCUGUUCAAUAAAAACACUUGAAUUCA